GCAGUAAAUCUGUCUGAUGAGAGACAUUUCACACUCUGCCUUAUCUCCCUGUGGUGUCAAAGAGAAAAAACACUCAGUGCUCGGAGAGAAGUUCAAUAAAGAAGUGAUACUGACACAGAGAUGUAUGCCUUGAGGUGAAUGAUUCAGAAGCAUACUGACUGACAUGUCAGAAGCAGACAGCUAUUUGUAUGGUCUGAAUAAUUAAGAGGCGACACAGGAGAAUACAAACAGCAGCAGAUUCAUAAAAUGACUUCAGUAUCAUUGGCAGUGGUGUAUCAUUGCCUCCUCUACCUCAGUGUAGAGGAGGCUAGACUACAGUCUAUCUGCAGAUUAAAUUAAAUCUCAUUCACCUCCUUUUUACUGAAGGUUUUGGAAGCUGUAAAGAUUUAAUUACAGACAUGAUUUACAUGUGAUGUUGUGAUGACUGCUGUCUUUAGGGGUCACCACAGCUGCACACACAACUGCAUCCAUGGAUCUUCUCUGUCGUCUUCCUCUUCAGCAUCUUUUUUCCAAUAUAUCCCUUCUCUGCACAUGUAUAAACCAUCUCAGCCUUGCCUAACCUUGUCUCCAAAAAGCUCCAUCCUGGUCACCCCCAAUAAAAAUGUUCACUUCUUCAGUUCUGACAGCUUUAUGUCAGUGCUACCGUCCCCAAACUAUACACUACUACAGCAUGUCUCACUACCAUCUUGUAAACUUCUCUUUCACUCCUACUGCUAUCCUUCUGUCACAAAUCUACCUAACCAUGCCACAACUCCUCCUGGGAGAUGACACCCACAGCAAACUCUGCAACUGUCUGCAGGCAGGGCUGGAAAUCUUAACACUUAAACCCCAAAACAUAAAUAUCGUAUCUGUUUGAUUAUUUCUUGGAUUUCUGUGUGGGGGUGUGCAGCCUGACUAACCCAAGCUGGGAGAACUAGUGACCCCUGACACUCUGAGGUUUGCAGCAUCAGUGGAUUAGACGUGAUUCUUCUCUGUACAACCAAACACACAGCUCUUAAAAGGUUGUGAAAGCUUUGCUUCAACAUUUACCAUAGCACCUCUGUACAGCUGAAAUGUCAGUGAGCUGAGAUGUUUGUAAAUGUCUUUGUUCUGACAUAAUGGAAGCUUCGGGGGACCUGUACUGAGAGCAAAGUCCAGCAUUCCCAGGAUACAUUUUCCUUAUCUGGCUUCAUUUACACGUAUUGUCAGAAAUCAGGCUAAGCGGUCACGGCAAGCUGGUUAUCAACUCAAAAAGUCAGGAUUUCCCCAUUCAGCUAUGAGCAUGUUUAUAAUGAAAAGGCAGUGCACAUGUACACCGACAGCUACUGCACCAGAAUGGCAUAUUUUACAAACAAAGGUUAAGCUAUAAUAGAAAAAUCCAAAAAGGUUAAACACAUACUACUGACUUAAGCAACAAUGCUGAAGCAACAAAGCAGCAAUCUGGGAAUGUGUGAGGAAAACCUCAUAGACCACAUUAUGUAGGAUAUUCCAUAAUAUGGACUAUAAUUGCAUGUACUGGGAGAGUACUACCAGGGACAAAAGCUAAGAAAAGCUUUCCAUGUCAGCCUAGCUCUAACAAGCAUUUUAAGAAAAUGAAAAAUAACUGAAAAAUGAUUUCUGACACAGGACGAAUAACUUUAUGGCUAAAACCUUAAUCACAGGAGACUGCAAUUAAAAGUUUUGGUUACCUGAAAAUGAGCUAGUGAUAUCCUCUUUAUGUUCACUUCAAAUCUCUUCAGAUCCUAUUCCAUGUGAAUCUAAAUAAAAUCCCUCAAAAUAGUCAGACACCUGGGAGACAAUCAGGGACUGAAGCAGUUUUUCCUUUGUCCCAACUGGCCUGGUACUAUGAGGGAUAUGUGUCCAAAGAAGCAAAUAAACUGUUGAUUGACCUUUAAACGUUUUUUUGUUUUUAUGCUUUGCACCUCGGAGCCACCGAACCUACACGUCACAGCUGCUCUGACUCUGCCAGACAGAAUCCCAUUUGAAGGAUGAAUAACUGUUGUAAGUCCGUCUGGACUUUAUGAGGGAAGAACUCCGCUCAGGAGCUUCUAAUCUGGACUAGACACGUGGAUUGAGCGACACCUUGCGGUGGACACGAAAAACAACAACAACCUGACGCCAGCAAGAAGCGGAAGCGUGCGGUUUGUCCUUUCCGACUUUCUGUAAAGCGGCGUCAACAUGUCGGCCCCCUUGACAUAUCUACACAGAUGUUGCCAGCGGUCAGUUCUCCUCGUUGUUGCUAGGCGACAGUGGAGCACCAGCUCAGCAUCUCCUCCUCCUCUGCACAGGAAACUCCUCCUGUUCCUCACCCAGCGUUUCUAUGAUGUAGAGAUGCUCCUCAGGUGGAGGUCUCAGGCAAAAAGGAGCCAGCUUCAAAAGAAAAAUGCCUACUAUAGCUACACACAGAGGUUUUAUGGGCCAGACAUAGCAUCAGCGUAUUACAUCUUGAGUCUGAAGGGAGGAUUUAGGUAUGUCGGUCAGUCCGAGUGGUUUCGUACAAACCAGAGGGGCAAAUUCAGCUGGGACUUCUUAAAUCACAAAAACACGCCUAUAGAAGAAGCAGACAUGAGCUAUACCAUCAUCAACUACACAGGACUGGAAAAUCUGGAGAGGCAGCGAUCUUUGCGGACUCUAAAAUUAAAAGGCUGUCCUGAAGUGGACGACUGGUUCCUGGCCAGGCUCCAUUUGUUCCAGGACUCUCUGGAGGAGCUAGACAUCUCACAUUGUCCACGCAUCACCACAGGCGGCCUGGCUGCGCUCAGGAAUCUCAAGUAA